UCCUAAGAAUAUUGAUAAAACAAAAGUGCAACAUGGGGUAGAAAAGAAAGAAGAAACACGGUUGCCCACCAUCUUGCGUGGAACCAAACUUUCCCACAUACUCAUAGAUCACACCCUUUAUCCAACAAUGCCAUCUACAGUACCCUUAUUUACUUCCUUCAUGGAAAUCAUGAGAUCAAAGAAGCAUCAAACCCAAACCGGAACCGGCACCGACAAUUCCGCGGUGGUAAAAGCCGCAGCAUGGGCAUGGUACCAGCACGGAUCAGGAUCGGAAGGAAAACCAAGGCGGGAAUACGACUUGACAAGUUUUCAUCACGCUCCAACACCUUCUCGGUACAAAUUAGAAGCCAUUAGGAUUGCCAAAGAAGAAAAUUCCGAGGACUCAUCAUCGAUAAGCACUACCCCAACAACGAGUUGUACCCACAUGGAUAAUAUUGUUGGUUCUGAUCUUCUCGAUACGUAUGAGAUCGAACACAUUUCUAAGAAGUUGGAAGGGCUUAUAGAGUCAAGUGGUGAUCAAAAUUUGUUGACAAUGGAUCAUGAAAACAUCAAAAAAGAGAGAAAGAAGAAGAAAAAGGACAAGUUGAUAAUGAUGAGAGGGCUGGGUCAGGCAGUGAUGUGUCGAACCAGGAAAGAAGAUGUGGUUGAGAGUACAAGAGCUGCUGCCUUGGUCGAUGGUCGGCAGCGGCCGGAAAAGCGUAUCGUUCCUGUUGUUAGGAUGGCAAAUCGCCGACCACAGGCUACUCAUGCUUGAUCAUAGAACUUGUUAGCUAUAUUGAAGAGGACAAAAGCAAUAUGGAACCUCAGUGGCAAGCAACAGGUACAUUUUCCACCGGUUAAACAAAACUCUAAUACCCUUUUAUUACUUUUUUUUUUAAUAUUUUUAAUUUACUAUAAAGGAACAGUAUACUGUGGAAAGAAUUGGAUGAUUCGAACUCUGGAAUUUUGUCCGAAGCAGUGGUUUUGGCAAAAUGCCUUGCCAGGACAGAAAUGAAAUACUAGUUAAUUUGAACAGUGUAAUACUGAAUGACAAUUUUAUAUAUUUUUGUUCUAUUUU